AUGGCCGACGCAGAGCCCCGUCCUAAGCGUUCGCGCUUCGACCAGACCGAGCCGGAGCCUCGAAGGACUUCGAGAUUCGACCGACGCUCCCGAUCGCCUCCCUCCCGAAAAUCUGAGCCAGGACGCGAUCGCAGUCCUCUUCCUCGCGCCGAGGACGAAGCAAAGAAAAGCGAGGAACCUUCGACUGCUGCUCUGGAUCCUGCCGCCGCCGCAGCUGCCGCUGCCGCCAAGAUUAACGCGCAGCUCCAAGCGCGCAAGGGCGUUCAAAAUGCAGACUCGGCCCCAGCCAAAUCGGCGUCCUCUACGGGCCCCAUCACGUCAGCAAGCUCGGCGGCCAAGAUCAACGGCGAGAUGUAUGUCGCAGACGGAGACUACAUAAAGGAUAUCGAAGUCAACGACCUUAGGAACCGAUACCUCCUGACCAAGAGCGCAACGCAAAAGAUGAUCAAAGAAGAGACUGGUGCCGAUGUCACUACCCGAGGAAAUUAUUACCCGGACAAAUCCAUGUCCACCCCAGCGAAUCCCCCGCUGUAUUUGCAUGUGACCAGCACUAGCAAGGAGGGACUCGAGGCGGCUGUUGCCAAGAUCGAAGAGCUGAUGAAACAAGAGCUUCCACAACUCGUCGACGAGCGCAGGUUCCGGCGGCGUGAGGAGCCUGUUGUCGAGCGUGACGAGUAUGGCAGGCGCAAAUGGCCCGAGGAACGUAUUCCCAUUGGUCUUGAGCCCAUUCCCGGGUUUAACCUUCGCGCACAGGUCGUCGGCCAUGGUGGUUCGUACGUCAAGCACAUCCAACAUGAAACUGGUUGCCGAGUGCAGAUUAAAGGUCGUGGAUCCGGCUUCCUCGAAACUGCCACCGGCAGGGAAAGCGACGACGAAAUGUUUCUGCAUGUUGCUGGCCCUGAUCCCAAAAUGGUUGAGAAAGGCAAGGAGAUGUGCGAAGACCUUCUUGCCUCUGUGAAAGAGCAGUACGAGGAAUUCAAGGCGCGACCGCCUCGUUUUGGUGGAGAUAGAUUUGGAGGUGACCGCUACAACGGUGGAGGAGAUCGUCACGGAAGCGGUGAUCGUUACGGUGGAGACAGACGUGGAGGGGACCGCUACGGUGGCGACCGGCACGGCGGCGAUCGGGGGCACCAAGGCUACGGAGGUCAUGGGCAGGGGCAUGGGCGGAGUCCCGGCGUUCAUGGUGCGCCCAGUGGUCCUAGUGGUGGCCAUGGAAACCAGGGCAUUUUUAGCCCCGGUGGAGCUGCGGCAUCUCCGGCGUCUGCUGCCGCAACUGGUGCUCAGGCCACACCUGACUACUCGGCUGCCUACGCGCAGUAUUAUGGUGGUCAAGAUCCGUACGCGGCUUACGGUGGAUAUGCUGCGUAUGUACAAAUGUACCAGCAAUACUACGCUCAAGCAGGACAGCAAGGUGCCACGGCAGCUGCUCCUGGCGCGCCCGGUGCUCCUGGCGUUUCAUCGACGCCUUCGGCAGCCCCUCCGCCUCCUCCCAGCGAUGCGGCACCGCCACCUCCGCCACCGCCAAGCGCAGCUCCUCCGCCUCCGCCGCCGGGUCCUCCAGGGGCGAGUGGUGGAUACAGUGCUGUACCUCCGCCACCCGGUUUGUAG